AUGCUAGGAGACACCGCUACUGUUUCCUCCUCCGUUAAUCCUGGCGGUGGCGGUGGCGGUUCCGCCACUAAUACUCAUCACCACCAACAACAACACCAGCACAACCUCCACCAGCAGCAGCAUCAAUCACAUCGCAAUCCGAAUCCCGCCGCAAUUGGCGGCGGCGGACUAUUUCAAGAAGGAAUCAGUACUUCCGAUGCUGGAGGAGGCGGUGGUGGAGCGGGGCAUGUCGGUUCGAGUUCCGGCGGCGAGGAAGAUAGGCUCGGCGGCGGUGGGAGCGGGAGCUUCGGCGGGAACCGAUGGCCGCGGCAGGAGACGGUGGCGCUGCUCAAAAUUCGAACGGAUAUGGACGCCACGUUCCGCGAUGCCAGUGUGAAGGGGCCUCUCUGGGAUGAAGUCUCCAGGAAGUUGGCCGAGCUUGGAUAUCAUCGAAGCGCCAAGAAAUGCAAAGAGAAGUUUGAGAAUGUGUACAAGUACCACAAGCGCACCAAGGAUGUCCGUACGAGCAAACAAGAAGGCAAAAACUAUCGCUUCUUCGAGCAAUUAGCCGCCUUCGAAUCCCAGCCUCCCGCCGGAGCCACUCCCACUGCUCCUCCGCCGCAUCCGCAACCGUCGCAGCCGGCGGCGACAACAAUGCCAGCCUUCAAUCCACCACAGGUUCAGCCCGUCGCCUUCGUCACCAUGGCUCAUGAUCACAUUCCAACCAGUACUACUGUUCCAUCGACAACUGUUCCUCCGCGGUCGGCCGCGCCAGCAAUUACGAUCGCCGCUCCUUCCUAUCCGCCGGCUCCACAACCGACGAUCCAGCCUCUCUAUCCUCCUUCUUUCUCCACCUUUUCAACAGAUCUAAUGUCGAAUUCGCCCUCCUCUUCGUCCUCGACAUCAUCCGACGUGGAGCUCCACCGCGGCGGCCGGCACAAGCGGAAGCGGAAGUGGAAGGACUUCUUCGAGCGGCUGACGACGGAAGUGGUCCACAAGCAGGAAGAGAUGCAGCGGAAGUUUCUAGAAGCCAUCGAGAAGCGCGAGCACGAACGAAUGGCGCGUGAGGAGUCGUGGCGAAUGCAAGAAAUGGCCCGGAUAAAUCGGGAGCGCGAGAUCCUUGCUCAGGAGCGAUCCAUCGCCGCCGCCAAAGAUGCCGCCGUGAUGUCGUUCCUCCAGAAGCUCUCCGAACAGCAGAACCCCGGCGCUCCACCACUCCACCUCCCCAAUCAAGCCGUCCAAAUCGCUCCACCACCGUCGCACCAACCUCCUCCGCAACAACCACCACCGAGGCCGUCUGUAGUAGUAGCAGCAGCAGCUCUGCCGCAGCCACCACCGCAAUCAACGCCGAAUCAAGUACAAUCAGCCCCACCAGCAGCAGCGGCGACUCCGGCGCCCGUACAGCAACCUCAAUUAAAACAUCCGGUUAGUCAAAGUCAAAGUCAAGGUCAAAACCAAAAGGAGAUGGUAAGAGCGGACAAUGUGGAUCAGCACUUCCUGCCGGCGAGCUCGUCGCGGUGGCCGAAGAUGGAAGUGGAAGCGCUGAUCUCGCUGAGGAGGAACCUGGACUCCAAGUAUCAGGAGAAUGGGCCUAAAGGCCCACUGUGGGAGGAGAUCUCGGCCGGGAUGAAGAGACUGGGCUACAACCGGAACCCGAAGCGGUGUAAGGAGAAGUGGGAGAACAUCAACAAGUACUUCAAGAAAGUGAAGGAGAGCAACAAGAAGCGGCCCGAGGAUUCAAAGACCUGUCCGUACUUCCACCAGCUGGACGCAUUGUACAGGGAGAAGCAGAAUCUGGAAGGCGGUGGCUCCUCGUCCGUCGCCGCCGGCGGCGAUCAAUUCAAUUCGGUGCCUCUAAUGGUUCAGCCGGAGCAGCAGUGGCCGCCUCAGGCGCUUCCUCCUCCGGUGCCUCCUCCUCCGCAGCAGCAGCGGCAGAAGGAUACAGUGAUGGAGGAAGCGGAGAGCGAGGAUCACGGUGACGAGGAGGAGGAAGAUGAUUAUGAUGACGAGGAGGAGGAGGAUGACGUGACAGGCGAGUACGAAUUCGUCUCGAACAAGCCGCAUUCAAUGAAUCCCGGCGGCUGA